UUUCACCCUUCUCUCUCUUUCUCUCUGCCUUGUGUUCAGAACCCACCAGAAGUGAUUUGUUUGGUUCCCCCACAUAGAACCAAGAGUUAAAUCUUCUGUGUCGAUAAGGGGAUUGGUAGAACGCACAGAGAAGGAAAAAGAAGCUCCGAGCGAGUAUCUGCCCUGGCUAUUCUGUGGUGUUCUAAAUAUCCUCCACACAGUCUGUGCUGGAUUCCUUCUCUGUGUCUCCGGCGCGGCGCGACUGCUUCCCCUGCUUAGGAGAAGGAGCAUGGGGUUGUGAAACCUUAAUCUCUCGGAAAUGGAUCUCGAGAGCGGAUCCUACAUCAAUCCUGCCAAGAGACAAUCAUGGAGGUCAGUCGUGAUGCUUGCUUACCAGAGCCUUGGCGUUGUCUAUGGCGACCUCAGCACUUCGCCCCUGUAUGUGUACAAGAGCACCUUUGCUGAUGACAUCGAGCACUCGGAGAGCAACGACGAGAUCUAUGGCGUGCUCUCUUUCGUUUUCUGGACCCUCACCCUCAUCCCUCUCCUCAAGUAUGUCCUCGUAGUUCUCCGAGCAGACGAUAACGGUGAGGGUGGCACGUUCGCCCUCUAUUCCCUCCUCGUUCGUCACGCCCGCGUUGGGUUCAUACCAAACGGGCAGGUCGCCGAUGAGGAGCUCUUGGCCUAUAAUAAGAAGGAUGAUCACUUGGGCCUUCUCAAUGGCGAUCCUUCUGCCCCUACUGGUGGUGCGAUGACUGCACCGUGGAUGAGGAGGCUAUUGGAGAAGCACCAAAUCUCGCAGCGUGUGUUGCUGGUUCUUGCUUUGCUUGGGACAUGCAUGGUCAUUGGGGAUGGUGUCCUCACCCCCGCAAUCUCGGUGUUCUCUGCAGUCUCAGGUCUUGAGCUUUCCAUGUCGAAGGAACAUCACAAAUAUGUUGAGGUUCCUGUUGCAUGUCUCAUACUGGUCUGCUUGUUUGCACUGCAACAAUACGGUACACACCGACUAGGGUUCCUGUUUGCACCAAUUGUCGUGAUCUGGCUUAUGUGCAUCAGUGUAAUUGGUGCUUAUAAUAUUUUCUACUGGAAUCCUCAUGUAUAUCAAGCCCUUUCCCCCUACUACAUGUACAAGUUUUUGAAGAAAACCAAAAGAGGAGGUUGGAUGUCUUUAGGUGGUGUUCUCUUAUGCAUAACAGGUUCUGAAGCAAUGUAUGCAGAUCUGGGACAUUUUUCACAGUCAUCAAUAAAGAUUGCUUUUACUUUUGUGGUGUACCCAUCCUUGCUCCUGGCAUAUAUGGGACAAGCGGCUUAUCUAUCUCAGCACCAUGUUAUCCAAAAUCAUUAUCGGAUUGGGUUCUAUGUGUCUGUACCAGAGAGAUUAAGAUGGCCUGUUCUGGCAAUAGCUAUACUUGCUGCUGUGGUGGGAAGCCAAUCAGUUAUAACUGGUACUUUCUCAAUUAUCAAACAGUGCACUGCCUUGGGUUGUUUUCCAAGGGUGAAGAUAGUGCAUACUUCAUCCAAAAUAGGUGGUCAGGUAUACAUCCCAGAGAUCAACUGGAUUUUGAUGUUAUUGUGUUUGGCUGUGACUAUCGGUUUCAGAGACACAAAGCACCUGGGCAAUGCACAAGGUUUAGCAGUCAUAAUUGUUAUGCUGGUAACCACCUGCUUGAUGUCCCUGGUAAUUGUCCUUUGCUGGCACAAGAACAUUUUUCUUGCUAUAUGCUUCGUUGUAUUCUUCGGAACCAUAGAGGUGCUCUUCUUCUCGGCCUCCCUAAUCAAGUUCCUCGAGGGAGCAUGGGUUCCUAUUGCUCUUUCCUUCGUUCUCAUGACUGUCAUGUGCAUAUGGCAUUAUGGCACACGUAAGAAGUACGAAUUUGAUGUCCAGAACAAGGUCCCCAUCAACUGGCUCCUUAGCCUUGGUCCUGCUCUUGGCUUUGUACGUGUGCGAGGCAUUGGGCUCAUUCAUACAGAGCUCAUAUCAGGAAUCCCAGCCAUUUUCUCACAUUUUGUCACCAACUUACCUGCAUUUCACCAGGUUCUUGUCUUCCUUUGCAUAAAGUCAGUCCCAGUGCCACACGUCCUGGCCGAGGAAAGAUUCCUUGUUGGUCGCGUUGGUCCAAAAGAAUACAGAAGUUACAGGGUCAUUGUCAGGUAUGGGUACCAUGACAUACACAAGGAUGACUUGGAGUUCGAGAAGGAUCUGGUAUCUAGCAUUGCGGAGUUCAUACAAUCUGCAGGGCACGAGCAGAAUGGUCAUGUAGAGGCAACCGAGAACGGUGAUGAAAAGAUGAUGGUGGUGAGUGCAGGUUUCAGGUUCCAUGAGGAAAGAGCUGUAGAACCUGUGGAAGCACCUGGCCCUUCGAACUCGAAGGCAAUGCCCUCUUCACCAAUUCCACCUAAGAAAACUGUAAGGUUUGUCUUGCCAAGGAGCCCGAAGUUAGAGAAGGGCACGAGAGAAGAGUUGCAAGAGCUAAUGGAAGCAAGAGAAGCAGGAAUGGCAUUCAUCCUUGGGCAUUCAUACAUGAGGGCAAAGAGUGGAUCGAGCCUAAUAAAGCGGCUUGUGAUCAAUUUCGGAUAUGAGUUCCUGAGGAGGAACUGCAGGGGUCCAAUGUAUGCAGUCAGCAUCCCUCAUGCAUCGACGCUGGAGGUCGGGAUGAUCUACAAUGUCUGAGCUUCAACUGCAACUGUACAGCUUCACCUCUGUCAUCUUCAUCUGCACCAUGGACGAUCAAGCUCAUCCGCCAAUCUUGUGUCCUUGUACAAAAAAGAAACGAAUACAAGCAUUUAGGUGCAGGAUUUCUUCCUUUGUUCUGCCUUUGCAAGGUACCACCAUGUAAAUAGGAGAAUAAUUUUUGUAUGGAGAUUCUAGUGCUUGUAGAGCUGGAAGAGAAGUUCACUAACUGCAGAUUGAAGUAGUUUGUGCUCCUCAUUCUGUAAUGACAAACACUGUCUGUGAUAAGCAGUACCUCAAUAACAUGCAGGGGUGGAUUUGGUUCUGAGCAAA